AUGGCUUCGCCAUCAGAGGAGCCCAGCCUCAAGGGUGACACAAGCAUCGACGAAACCCCCCCGCUUGAUGAAUCUCUUUCGGACGAUGAAGACGACGAUACCUACAGACUGAAUGUCAAUCCUGAGAAUCCCCGAGAGAUCUCGGAAAAGAAACGUCGAGACCUGGCCAUAUUCGAAGCAUGGGCGAACGAGAACCAACGCGAGCUCUCUAAGCCGAUGGAGGAGCUUGCGAAGGACACAGAGAAGCUUUCACUAUCGAGAAUGAUCGACGAUGGCGGCGUCAGGAAGAUUAUUGCCAGCCCCCGCGAAUACCAAACGGAUCUCUUCGAACGUGCCAAGGAGAAGAAUAUCAUCGUGGUUCUUGAUACAGGAUCCGGUAAAACGCUGAUUGCUGUUCUCCUCAUGAGGCACAUCCUCGAAAGGGAACAAGAGUCCAUCGCCCAAGGUCGUCCCAAGAAGGUCGCCUUCUUCAUCGUCGACAAGAAUGCCCUAUGCUAUCAACAACACUCCGUCUUGAGGCACAAUCUCGAGUUCCCAAUCGCGAAGCUCCAUGGAGAAGUUGCGGGGUUACGAAGUGCAAAGGAGUUUUGGGACUCGCAGCUGGAGGAGAACAUGGCCAUCGUGUGCACUGCGCAGCUUCUCCUUGAUGCACUGAGAAACGGGUUCAUAACGAUGGCCCAGGUUAGUCUCCUCAUCUUUGACGAAGCCCAUCACGCGAAGAAAAAUCACCCUUACGCUCGUAUUAUCAAAAACUACUACAUGCGACAGCCCGGCGAAACACGCCCCCGCAUCUUGGGCAUGACUGCCUCUCCAGUGGAUGCGCAGACGAGAGACAUGCGAGCCGCCGCUGCAGAGCUAGAGCUUAUGCUCUGUAGCGAGAUCGCGACCGUCUCGGAUGCCGCGCUCCUCCAGGGAUUUGAACAGCGAAAGUUGGUGGAGAGUGUUGAGUGGUUUGAUGGCCCGCCACCCGUCGAGGAAUCCAAGACAGGGCUGUGGGAGAAAAUCCACGGGCAGGUAUCAUACAAUCCCGAGUUUCGUGCCGCUCUUGAGUAUACCAAGGACGCAUCUUCGGUCCUUGGCCCAUGGUGUGCCGAUCAUUAUUGGUCUCUGUUCAUUACCGACACAGAAAUAGUGAGGCUGGUGGCCAAGACUGAGCGAGACCAUUUUGAUGGUGCAGGUGCUGCUGACCAUUCUGACAAGGCUGUAUCUGCAGUUCAAAACGUCAAGGAGAUCCUGAAAUCUCACAAGAUUGCCCCCGUCUCCAAGGGCCUCGAUCGAAUCUCGCCUAAGGUCAAAGCUCUGUGGGAAAUUCUCGAGAAUGCAUUCCACCGACAGGAAACAAGUCGUGCGAUUAUAUUUGUAGAGCAGCGGCCAACUGCGGUCCUAUUGACGGAGAUGUUUCGGCAGCCUGGAAUGGAAAUCGAGGGCUUGAUGCCUUCGUAUAUGAUCGGUACACAGUCCGUCGGGUCGAGCUGGCCCACGAUGACCUUCCGCGAUCAGAUUGUUGCGCUUCAGAAGUUCAAGUCCGGGGAGACAAACUGCCUUUUUGCCACUCCUGUAGCAGAGGAAGGCAUCGACGUUCCAGAGUGCGAUUUGGUCAUCCGUUUCGACUUGUAUAAUUCCGUCAUCCAGUAUAUUCAGUCAAGGGGCCGGGCAAGGCAGACCAACUCCCGAUACAUAAACAUGAUCGAGACAGACAAUGGCAGAGAUUUGAGAAAGUUGAAGCAGGCGAGCAGAGACUCAAACACGUUGCGGCAAUUUUGUGCUGCUCUUCCGUCCGAUCGGAAAGUUCAAGAUGGGACAAUGCUGGACGCUGAUGCCCUAGUACGGGCAGAACAAAUUGGGCAGAAGAGCUAUGAGACUCAGCUUGGUGCUCGCCUCAGCUUCGAAAACAGCAUCGAGGUUCUUGAGAAGUUUGUCUCCACCCUUACGACUGGAAUCCGUCGCUACUUCACCGAAUACAUUGUCAUGCCCAUUGGGAAGAAGUUCGUUGCCGACGUCAUCCUACCAGAAUCUUGCCCAGUCAGUCGUGUCACCGGGCACCCCCAACGGAACAAGCAAUUAUCGAGAUACUCGGCGGCUUUCGAAGCUUGCAUGAUCUUGAUCCAAAAGAAGUUUAUCAAUGGGCACUUGCAAUCUUCCUUUGCCAAGAAGCUGCCGGCCAUGAGAAACGCCAGGCUAGCUAUAAGCCCCAAUAAAAAGGCAGAAUAUCCAAUGCUAGUCAAGCCUCAAAUAUGGACAGAGCUUGAAACCGAGACCCCAACACAGCUAUUCCCGACCAUUCUGGCUAUAGAGCACCCUCAAGGGUUAGGGCGCCAGUCUCGCCCUCUACUUCUGUUGUCGAGGAAAAGACUUCCAUCGAUUCCUGCCAUUCCUUUGUUUUUUGGGAACGGACAUUCUUCACAUGUUAUGGUCAUCCCAGCGGAACACCCAUUAGAAUUAUCAUCAGCGCAGGUUGAUGACAUUGCCACUUUCACCCUCAAGGUCUUUAUUGACCUGUUCAGCAAGGAGUAUGAGGCAGGCCCCGGGGAAAUCCCUUAUUUUCUCGCUCCCGUCGAGGGCUCUCAUAGUUCAGUAAUUUUAUCCAAAGAGGCUGCGAUAGAUUGGGCCUGCCUCAAAGAAAUGCUGGCAGACCCUUAUCUUAGCUGGAAGAACAGACCAGACGAAUUUUUUCGAAACAGAUUCGCCCGGGACCCCCUAGACGGCUCGCGGAAGUUCAUUUUUCAUGACAUCAACAAGAAGCUGACCCUAAAUGACCCAACACCAGGCUAUGCUCCGCCGCUGAAAUCCCGCGCUUAUCGAGAGGUGGCACAAGUCAUCAAAGAAUACAGCAACAGCCUAUAUAUCAAAGCCAGGAAGCAAGCAGUAUGGGAUGAUGGCCAACCAGUAAUUGAUGCAGAGUUACUAUCCUUGCGACGCAACUUUUUAGAUCAGUUUUUCGUUGAUGAUGCGAGGGAUGCCAGGUGUUGUGUGAUUCCAGAGCCUCUUGAUAUCUCUUCGAUUCCUAUGGAUAUCAUCUCCAUGGCAAAUUUGCUCCCUGCUCUUUUGUUCCAACUUGAUCAGUAUUUGAUUGCUUUAGAGGCUUGUUCUCUGCUGGGGCUGGACAUACUUCCUGACCUAGCUCUUGAAGCCAUCACCAAGGAUGGUAUAGAAAAUGAGGAUGACGAUUACGGCCAGAAGAAUUACGAGCGUUUAGAAUUCCUGGGGGAUACAUUUCUCAAGAUGUCGACAACAAUAGCGCUCUUCACUCUCAAGCCAGAAAGCACCGAGUAUGAGUAUCACGUUGAGCGAAUGCUGCUAGUGUGCAACAACAAUCUCUUCAACCAUGCAGUUGACCGCGAGCUGCAAAAAUUCAUCCGCUCCAAAUCAUUUGACCGGAGAAUCUGGUACCCAAAUUUGAAAUUGAAAAAGGGAAAGGCGCCGAAACUCGAGCUUCAUCACGACCUUGCCGACAAGUCAAUUGCAGAUGUCUGCGAGGCCUUGAUCGGUGCGGCGUAUCUCAGUAGUGAUAACAUGGAUAUGGCAGUCAAGGCCGUUUCUGUCAUGGUCAAGAGCAAGAAACAUAAAAUGCAGUCAUUCGCGGAAUACUACCAAGCCUACAAAGUUCCAGGCUGGCAUUUCCCUGAGCGAGUGCCAGCAGCUCACGAAUACACGGCGCAGGUUGUUGGAAAGAAGGUCGGGUACACCUUUGAAUCGCCUUCCCUAGCCCGAAGCGCAUUCAAGCAUCCAUCCUGGACAUGGGACAACAUUCCCAACUACCAGCAGCUUGAGUUCUUGGGUGAUGCUCUCCUCGACAUGAGCAUUGUUAACUACCUCUUUCGUACAUUCCCCAAGGCUGAUCCCCAGUGGCUGACUGAACACAAAAUGGCAAUGGUGUCGAACCAGUUCCUGGGUUUUCUCUGCGUGCGUCUUGACCUCCACCCUCACAUGAUGAGCACAACUGCCUCUCUGAGCGGGCAAGUGAGCCAAUACAUCUCCGACUUGGAACUGGCAGAAGAGACGGCGAAGCUCCAGGCCGAGACCACAGGCACGGACAUGCGCCUGGACUUUUGGCUCGAGGCUCCGCCUCCCCCCAAGGCGCUCCCCGAUAUCGUCGAGGCGCUCGUCGGGGCCAUGUUUGUGGACGCCAAAUACGACUACAGCGUGGUGCACAAAUUCUUCACCCAGCACAUCCUCCCUUACUUUGUCAACAUGAACACGUACGACUCCUUCGCCAGCAACCAUCCCGUCACGGGGCUGUCACAGCGUCUAGGAGGCGAGUUCUCGUGCACCGGAUGGCGCCUGUGCGCCUCCACCGUGCCCUGCGGCGUCGAGGAGGGUGUCAGGGCCGUCACCGAGAGCGACGAGCUGUGCGCCCUCGUCAUCCACGGGACGGUCGUCGAGCAUGCGACGGCCAAGACCGGGCGUCAUGCCAAGGUGGCGGUCGCUACCAAGGCUUUGGAUAGAUUUUCAACGAUGGACAAGGAACAGUUCAAGGUUGAGAUUGGAUGUGAUUGUGGAGGAAAGGAGCAGAAAUAA